CGUUCGUUUCUUCGGCAUAAUAUUUUCAAUAAAAUAAUAUACUAACAACUUAUGAAAUUAAUCGUUGAAGUGAUUGGAAAUUUUUCUAUUUACAAACUUUAUUAGAAGCCUGGUCGGUAUAACUCUUUUUUUUAUCUCCAACAAAAGUUCGGAAAUAAAUAAGUAAAUAAAAUCAUUGACUUGGUAGAAGACAACAUGUGGUUAUAAGUUGGCUGUAUACUUUUAACAUCAAGGUGGUCAGUCUUUAUUUCGUAAGAAAUGAAUUCAAUAAAAGUAUUUGCCUUCUGCUUAUUUGCAAUUGGAUUUUGGUAUGUGACGGAAGCACAUAGCGAUUUUAACAAUGCUUAUAAAGAUUACUCGCUGAACUUAGAUAACUAUGAAAUUGAAAACCUAAUCAGACCUAUAAUGAGUGAUGAUGAAAGUGAUGAAGAUAAUGAAGAAGACGAAGAAGAUGAAAAUGAUGGUGACAAUUACGACAACUACGAUGACGAAAAUGCUGACAAAAGGGACAUUAUUAAAGGCCCAAGUUAUGUGCCGAAUAUUGAUGAUGAUUCUGCCGAAAAUUAUCUUGAACAAGAAAAUUAUGAAACUGAUUUUUCCAGAAAAAGAAAGACUAUCCCAAAGAAGUCCACAUUGUCGUCAAGUGAUGAUCUGAUGAAUAAAGAUAAACCAGUUGCAAAUGAGAAUGACGUAGCUGACACAAACAUUGCUAAAGAAACAUCAGAAGCAUCUUCUUCUUCUGUCCCGGAAGUUGGCAAAGCGACAGUCACUACUAAAAAAAGUAAAGGUAAAAUCAACGUUAUGGUGAACGUCAAUAUUAACGAACGUCCUGCAAGAAGGUCAAAGGUAAAUCACGCCGUUGAAUUUCCUCGCUCAACUUACAAGAAGGAGUUGGAUAGCAGCAAGGGAAUCAUGCAACAAUAUGGUGCACUGCAAAAAUUGAGGGAAGAUUCCGAAAAUUCUGAAACAAGUGGGAGUGGUUCUUCCGACGAUAACCAGCAAAAUUUUAAGCCGGUGGAAAAUAACACAACGCUUAAUUUGUUUGCAGGAAUUGCUUUUCCGAAACAUGACCAUAUCCAAAUUGUCAAUGUUGUCAAUGGAAGUGAUACUGAUACUGAUGACAAUGAUGAUUCGGAUGAUUCAGAUGAUUCAGAUGAUAACAAUGCCUCUGGAUCUGGCGAAUCACAAGGAGAUGAUGUAUCUACAAAAGCCGAGAAGUAUAAAGCGCAUUCGAUGAAGCCACAAACAGCUUCUGUUCAGAAAGCACCAGGUGUCGUUGUGAAGAGACCCGUGAGACCAUUAACACAAAAGAUGAAUUUUCAUAAGAAAUACCACCCAACACACGCGUACGAGGAAGCUGCAGAAGCAGAAAAGGGUGAAACACCUGAUACAGUAUUUGCAAGUAAGAUUGCUGCAGAUAAAGAAGAAAAAGAUAAUGAAAUGGAGCACAAUGACGAACACGCUGAAAACGUAGAUUUAGUGAAACACAAACAAGAAAAAGAAUUAUCAAAAGCAGUUGAAGAUGAAGUAUCGACGGACCAAAAGUCAAAAAGCACCGGAGUUUCAAAGACUUUAGAUUCUGAAACGGAAGAAUUAGCACAUUCUGUUACGUCUGAAAAAUUAAAAACAACAAAAGUUGAUGCAGAAGAUGUAAGUAUUGAACAGCUGAAAGAAAAAGAUGAGAAGCCUAAAGACAUACCAAAGGAUAGCGCAAUGGAAGAAAAAACACCUGAAGUUCCAUUAGAAAAAGUUUCUGCAAUUGAAAAAGAUGAAGAUAAAGUUGCUUCCUCAAAAGCAACAAAAGAUGUUAGCACAGGAGAAGAAAAGGUAGCUGCUAUGAAAACACCAUCGUCUGAAAAAGAAGAUGGACAGAAUGAUGAAAUUUUGUUCACUAAAAAGGAAAGGGAACACAAAUUUGCAGAUAAUGAUGGUAAAGAAAACAUUGGCAAAAAUAACCAAGACGAUAAAUAUGAAACUUUAGAGGAAGUACGUGAAAAAUUCAAAACCUGGGAAAACAGAAUUGAAAAGGAUAACGAUUCUUUGUCUGAAACAGUUGGUGAAAAGGAGAAGAAGAUUGAUGUAAAAUCUGACAAGAAAUCUGAAAAUGUUAACAAGGAAUCUUUAGAAAAACAUACUACGUCAGGAAAAUCUAAAAAUGGAACUGUUCCAGAAGAAAAAGCAAAAACAUGGAAAGAAGAAGAAAAGUUACUGCUUGAAAAAUUGAAAAAUCCUUUCCUUCACGAAAGUUUAAAAUUUAAGAAUGAUGAAGAAGAUCAAGAAGAAGAAAGUCAAAAAGAACAACAAGUUGAAAAGGUUGCUGCAGAUAUAACCAAGAGUGCAAAUGCUGAGUUUACUUCAGUCGUUGAUAAAGUAACGUCUUCUGUUGAAAAGACAGAGAAGCAAAAAAAGCAGGAGAAAGACACGAAAGAGUUACAAGAAAGUGCUGAUAAAGCUUUUUCUUCUGUUGUGAACAAAGUCACAUCAGGUCAAGAAAUGUCAGUGCCAGAAGUACAAAUUGGAGGUAAAGACAAAGUGCAAUCUCCAAAGAUUAAAAAUGUUCAGUUCAAUGAAAUGAAUAAUAACACAUCUCAUGGCAAUAAAAACCUAAUGCAACUUCAAAAAUUUAAGGAACAAAUUUUAAGCGAAGUAUCAAAAAUUGAUAAUUUACAGGGAGAAUAUGGAAAAGAUGGCCGAAGUGCAACUGAAUUGAAAGAAGCGAAAGAUGUCCUUGAAAAAGACCUUAAAGUUGUGAAAGAUUUAGAAAAUAACUUAAAGAAAAAAGCAUUUCACAAAAGUGGUACUAAAUCACACAACAAAGGCAAAAGUAAACAUCAAAAGCACAUCAAAACAAAUAAACACAGCGUUGCAGCAACAUUUACAAAACCGGUCGACCCUGCAAAAGAUCAAGAAAUAAUUCCUGAUGCCAAAUUAGGUUUUGAUGAAAAUCCACAACAGAAAAAGCAUAAAAGUAAGCUGGAUAAGAUGAAAAAAGCAUUGAAUUCGUAUGAAUAUUCCUAUUAUGUCAGUAAGAAAGAAAGCGACAAAAAUAAAAAGAGUCAUCCCUUGGAAGAAAUUACAACUUUGUUAAAAGCAGAAAUACAAAGACUGAAGAAAAAAGGAAACAAGCCCGACAAGCAACUCAACCUAAUUCGUGGUCUCGUCCAGCAAAAGAUAAAAGCAGUCAUUGCUAAUGGUGAUUUAGACAAGGCAGCUUUCCACAGCUUGGGACCAGAAAUUAAAGAGUUAGGCAAGCUGUUGAAAUCUAGAAUCAACAAAGAAAAGAAACGCAAAAAGUGGCAUAAGAAGAAGACCAAAAAGAUAAAAGGUGGUCAUAUGAGUAGCAAGAACAUUGAUAUGAUGAAACAACCUGUCAGAAAUCCUUUGGAUUCGUUUGAAAAAGGAAACAAAAUGCUUAGUCCUGGCCCACAAAGUGGAAUCGACAAACAAAUCAACAAAAUGCAAAGUGAAUUGUCCAAAGUAAAUAAAUCACCACCUUCCAAUUCCAACCAAAACCAACAGCAAUCUUCUCCAAAUAAUUUACAGCAAGCCACACAACAUUUAUCAAAUGCGCAAACAGCUUUUCAAAAUAUCGAAAGCAGAAAUGUAUCGUUGGAUCCAAAACAAAGCAGCAACAUUAAAACACUUCUUACGACACUAAAUAAAAAUCUUGGUGAAAUCUACAACAAAGCGCAAGGUGUCCAACAACAGAACCAACCACCACAGCAGCAGCUGCAACAGCAACAACCACAACAAUAUGGAACUCCAAAUGCAACUACCUAUCCAUCGAUGCAAACUGGUGUUGAUCCAAAUGCGCAACUUCAAGAUAUUUAUAUUCCAGCAACCUACACUAAUACUGCAGCUCAGACACAAAACUAUAAUCACUUAUUGCCACAAGACGCUUCUCAUCAGACAGCAGAAGGCAAACAUGAUACUCCUACUCCAGCUGAAGAUGUUGACAUCGAAGAGAGCAAAGGAAAAGCUCUUGCUGAUGAUGAACCCGUUGACACUUUAGUUGAAGAACUGGAACGCGAUAUUACUGAUGUUUGGUCAUACAGAGAUAUCUUCCCUGAUGCGGAUUCCUUGGGACUGGAUAACGAGAAGGUUCACAAUACAUAUGCGAAUCUUGGUUCCCUAUCCGGAUUAAACUUGCGUCGUGCGUUGAACAGAGCUUUACGUGGGGAAGACGUCGGACUUGCUGUUGUUGGUGGUUCCAUUUCUAAAGGAGGACCCUUCAGUGAAAAAGGGCUUGAUUUUGUGUUACGAUCCUACUUCUAUGCUAUUGAAGAUUACUGGAAUAAAAUUAUUCGUCCUGUUACUGGUUCAUCUAUGAUCAUCCGAGAUGUAUCCAUUGGAGGAAUUGCGACAGACUAUUACUCCUACUGUCUCCAAAAUCAUUUACCAGAUGAUAAACUGACAAAUAUUGUCCUUUGGGAAUUAUCAGCGAACGAUUUGAGGCGAUAUGAGGGAGAUUCCAAGCCAAAACCACAACCUUUGGAGCAAUUCACAAGAAAUGUGUUGUCCUACAAAGCCAAACCAGCAUUGAUAUACAUAAACUUCUUUGCUUUGUUUGACUGGGAACCUGAUCUUGCCGCCAAUUGUCGAAAUUAUGAGGACGAAGGUGAGGACGAGGUAGCGAAAUAUUACAAGAUAACAUCAUUAAGUUGGCGUAACAUGGCAUGCCCUCUACUCAAGGCCGGUAACCAGCCGUUGUUUACGAAAAGUAAUCUUUUUGCUGAAGAUAAUUUUCACCCAAGUAUACUUGCGCAUGCGCAGAUGUCUUAUAUCACUAUUGAUUAUAUUCGAACGGAGUUUUUAAAGAAUCUUGUUAAAAUGAGGCGCACGUUCAUCGCUGAUGCAGUGGCGAGGUUACAAAUCCCAAAAUCCAUCUACAUACCUCGUUCGAUGUACGCACAGACAUACUCGUGGAAACCUCUCUGUUUCACAUACAUGCUUGUUGACAAUCGCUCACCGAACAACACUCUUGAGGUUGACGAAGAGGUAAACGGCAACUUUCGUUACACAGUUGUGCGAGAAUUCAAAAUUCGUUCCGACAAAAUUGUUGGCAUGGAAACGCAAAAUAAAGAUCAGUUUAUCCGGUUCCGUGCAAAUGUACCUAAACAUGCAGGUGGAGGCAUCGAGCCAUAUCGAAGAAUGGGAAUUAUGACUUUCACAGAUGAUCGAUAUGCUCAGGUGCAAUUUGACAGUGAAAAACCUUUAGAUAUAAAUUCGAAGAAAAAAUUCUUAGAAGGGACAGUAAUAAAAACAAUAGCAGAGAAUGUUAAACCCGGUGAACAUACGAUUACGGUCAGAUCUGGAAGUAACGGUUUCCUUAUAUGUGCUUUGGUGCUUGGUUAGACAAACGGUACACGACAAUCGGUGUGAUUAAUUGAAUCUAAAAAUCCUGUCAGGAGGAGUUUGGGUCGAGUUCGGUAGAGAGACGCUUAUCCCACCACCCCAUGGGGCUAAGCGCAGAUUUGUUAUGAAAUGAAUACGUAAACAACGUUAUUGAACCAAUUUUAGGUUCGAACAAUAAUUAUUUUAAUUCAAAUUUUUUUAUGUAUAUAGAAAUGACAAGCCAAACUUGGUGCGAAAGAAGUUUUUUAUCCAGAGACCUGAUUUAUUGGUCUCUCUUUUGAAACACAUUUGAACAAACAACUACCAUCAAUUUCUCUUCUCUUCACAAAGAUAUUUUCGAGUUUUUGUUUUAUUUUAAUUCAAAAAAGCUAAUCGAAUAAAUUCCCUUCGUUUUGUGCUUCCAAAUAUAUUUUACUAAGACGCAUAUAAUAUUUUGUACAAAUAACGCAUAUAUAAAUAUAUAUUGACUUAUAUAAUAUCAAAUGUCAUUAACAUUCUUUAUUUGAUCACUCGAGCUGUAGCGAUUAAGCUGUGAACAAGCGUAUAAGCGUACUACAUAAAAUUGUAUUGUUAAAUUGUAUACAUAAAAUUGCGUAGCAAUCGCUUGAUUUUUGACACCACAAAUCUGUAACAACCAAACAGAAUAAAUGUAUGCAAAAAAAUAAUUGUUCUGUAGAGUGAUUAUUAAGAUAACAAAAACAUGAUAAACUUUUGCUCCCCCUUUCGCUACUUCGUUCCGUUUUGCGCUACUUUGCUCCGUUUUUCGCUACCUCGUUAUGACAAAUCUGAUAACAGCUUAUUCCUUCCGAUUGCUAGUGUUCAGAAACUAAGAUUCGCUUAUUUGACAACACAUCGAGAAAAUGUCCAAAACGUGUCAUGUGCAGGUAUUUGUAAAGAAAUAUAUUUUGUCUGUCUGUCAACCAAAACUGGGUAAUGCUACCCCCGCACGAAUAGUUACAAAUAGCAAAUGCGAUAUAGUCUUAUCGACUUUGGUAUGACGGGCGAAUUUCCGUGAAUUUCCCACGUCCUAACGAAUAGAACGAACAGUCUCUUUAUUACUACUCAUAUUAUGUGUUCAAAAUGGUUGCGCGCAGCUUUAUAUGCAGAAUCCCCGUUAUUUUACCGGCUUUGUUUUGACGGCUCACGCAUAAAAGGCCAAACACGAAACUUGAUUUUUUGCUAAUAAUCAAUCCCAUUCAAGAUCUUUAGCCAAUAAGUGCUUUUUAAUCUAGACAUUUUUGUUUCUUUUUGUGUUAUUUUUACCAAUCUGAUUUUUACGAAGCUGUAGCUUGGGUGGUGGUAACUAGUUGUUAGCUGACUCUGGCUAAAUACAGUUGGGUGCAAUAAAAUUUCCAAAUAAUCGUUCUUAUGCUAAAUGCAGUUAGUUAGCUCCACCUUUUGUGUAAUAUAAACAUUGGCGAAAGUGUAAAGUUGAUUGAUUAGCCUAUGGUGCAUAGGGUUUAUUUUUUAAUCGCAAUAAAUUUUAUGGCGACAUGUUUUCGCGUGGCACGGAUGUUCAACAUGAAUUACCUGUACUAAGCGCUCAUCCUAGGUUACGAUUAGUUUUUCAACCUUCACAGGAGACUCCUUUUACUAUGAUGAACCUGUUUUUAUUUCAGUUAAAGUUUCAAGAAACUUUUUUUCUUUAAAAAUAUAUUACAUGGGAUCUUAUUCCGCAAAAUAAAAAAAUAUCGACCGUCUGUU